UGAUGGUUCCAGUGGUUCCACCGGCCAGUUCUUUGCUCGCUCGCGAUCGAACCUGUUGCGGUGCCGGUUUUCUGCUGAUUUUUGCAGGUGCGCCACUGGAUUAGUGCGAGUUCAUGACUCGCACGCUGCCACUGGAUUAGCCCCCCCCGGGUUUGGCUCAGGCAAUUCCGAUCGGUUACAGCGAUGCCGGCUCUUCGUCUUUUCGGCAGAAAAUGGCUGGCCGCCUCGGACGACCUGGUCUACCCCGGCCUGUUCGAGAUCAGCUUGCGCGCCCUCUGGUUGGUGCUGCUGGUGUGCGUCCACAUCGGUUACUAUGACGACACGUGGCGCUGCGCUCGUGGUGGGGAGUAUGUGCGCGCCUACAUGAUCGGAAUGUUGGCGCUGUUGGGCGCAGUGGUGCUGGUGCUGGGCGCGCUGGUCCACCAAAGCGCCCAGGGCUCCAUCACGGAGGUGCAGGCGCGCCAUCUAGUGCCGCCCAUUUUGCUGCUGAAACUGUUCCUGAUCCUGCCCGAGAUGGCGCUGAACGUGUGCGGCACCAUGUGGGCGUUUUGCCGGGACCUGGUGGUUUGUCCAUACGAGGGACACUUUUCGCGCACAGUGAUCGAAGCCUUAGUGGUGUUCAACUGGGUGCUGUUCGGAUUGGCCGUCUUCGGCCUGGUGAUGGUCUUCGAUCCGCUCGGGUCGAAACGUUACCAUGCGCUGCACGAGACGCCGAGCGUCGGCGAGUCGCUGCGCCAUCGCAAGGGAACCAGCGUGUGGAAGCGGCGCUUCCGCUGGGCCUUUUGCUGGGUGCGCUCCGACGAGCAUGGCCACGAAGCCUUCCAGCAGGUGGCCGCUCUGCUGAGCGCGCUGUUCCGCAGCACCGAUCUGGUCCCCUCCGAUGUUCUGGCCGGGUGCGUCCUGCUGCGCAUCAAGCAGAAAAAGGAGAGCAGAGAGAUGCGGCGCAUCCACAUGCUGACCAAUGACGAGCCGAAGUACUCGAGUGAUGCGCAGAAGGUGUUCUCGAUGGCGCCGCGCUGGAUGAACUUGGAGAAUGCGCGCCAUUUUCUGCGCCUGUCCAUGGCCGCCUACGGCUGGCCCUUUGUCAUGUACAUGCACUGCGGCUCCGGCCUGUGCCGCCUGCUAAAACACGUCAGCUGCUGCGCCUGCUUAGGCCCCGCCUACAGCCGCGUGGUGGACGACAACUGCUGCUUCUGCCAUCUAGCGGGCGUCAAGCAACUGGCGAAGGUGCGCGACCAGGAUGUGCUGUUCGCCUCGUUUCGCAACCACGUGUUUGAGUUGCCGUUCUGCAUCAUCGCCGACCACCAAACCGGCAACAUCGUGGUGGCGAUCCGUGGCUCCAUCUCGCUGCGCGACAUCUUCACCGACUUGACAGCGACUUCAGCCCGAUUCGAGGCAGAGGGCGUGCCCAGCGACACGAUGGCGCACAAGGGGAUGAUAGAGGGCGCCGCCUACAUUGAGCGCAAGCUGCGCCAACGCCGCAUUCUGCAGCGGGCGCAGCUCAUGUUCCCGCACUACGGCCUGGUGUUGACGGGGCACAGCUUGGGCGCGGGCGUGGCCUGUCUGCUCGGGUUCAAGCUGCGCCCCCGAUUCCCCGAGCUCAAAGUCUAUGCGUUCUGCACGCCCGCGGGGCUGCUCAGCAGGGAGGCGGCACGCCUAUCGGAGAGUUUCGUGUUCACGAUCGGCGUGGGCGACGAUUUCGUCAUGCGGCUGGGCGUCGACAGCAUCGAAAAUCUGCGCACUGGAAUCGUUCAGACGCUGCACGCCAGCCGACUGCCCAAGUUUCAGUAUCGCAUCCUGCUCAACGGCCUUGGAUACAUGCUGUUUGGGGUGCCAUCUCGCGACCUGGAGGCCACCUGGCGCGACGACAUGGAGGGGGAACCGUUGCGGUCGCCCCUAUUGGGCGACCGCGCCAUUCCCACAGUGGAGGCGGCGCUGCUAUCGCGCGACUUGAGCGUGCGCCGCUUCAGCAAGACACGCCUCUUCAUCGCUGGGCGCAUUUUGCACAUAGUGGCGCGCAAGAAAAGCCCCGCCUACGAGAUGCGAUGGGCGACCGCCGAGGAUUUUAUGGAGCUGAAAGUGAUGCCGCGCAUGCUCCUGGACCAUCUGCCCGACAAUGUGUAUAGGGUGUUGGGCGCGGUGCUGGGCGCGCAGCGCCCCCACCCCCCAGUGGGGGCAGAAUGACAGUUGUAGAAUAUUAAACCGGUUUUAUUUUC